CUGCCCGGGCCCUAGGGUGUGAUGGGAGAUGGACGAGGCCUUGUGAGACGGACGAGGCCUUGUGUCCCGGGACCAACGAGGGAGUGCUUGAGCGCUUGUAUUCCCUCCCUCGAUCCUGGGGGUCUAAGGGCUCGACAAUGAUAGGAAAAGAAACAUCAUUAGGAGGGGCCGUGAAGGAAAACCUGGCUUUGCAGGAAGACAGUUUCCACCCGGCCCUGCUCUGGCAAGCUUGACGCAGUCUAGGCCCAAGCCGGUCACUACCGUCGCUGCCUCAUCUUUCUCAACUAUGAAUAUGGCGUCUGGACAAGUGGAUAACAUGUAAAGAAACUCCUUCCAAGGAUCCAACUGUAUCGAGUGAGUGUAUAGCCUCAUCUGAAUACAAGGAAAAAUGUUUUCUGCCACAGAACAUUAAUCCAGACCUGACACUCUCCUUCUGUGUAAAGAGCCGCUCCAGGAGGUGUGUAAAUGGACCCCUACAGGAAGCUGCUCGGAGGCGGCUCUGGGCACUGGAGAAUGAGGACCAGGAGGUGCGCAUGCUGUUUAAGGACCUCUCAGCAAGGUUGGUCAGUAUCCAGUCUCAGAGGGCCCAGUUUCUCAUCACCUUCAAGACCAUGGAGGAAAUCUGGAAGUUCUCCACCUACCUUAAUUUAGGCUACGUAUCCAUGUGUCUAGAACAUCUCCUCUUUGACCACAAGUACUGGCUCAACUGCAUAUUGGUGGAGGAUACAGAGAUCCAAGUGUCUGUAGAUGAUAAACACCUGGAAACAAUAUACCUGGGACUCCUGAUACAGGAAGGCCACUUCUUCUGCAGAGCCCUGUGCUCCGUGACUCCACCAGCCGAGAAGGAAGGGGAAUGCUUGACACUUUGCAAGAAUGAGUUAAUCUCGGUGAAGAUGGCAGAAGCUGGGUCCGAGUUGGAAGGCGUGUCUUUGGUGACAGGUCAGCGGGGCCUGGUACUGGUGUCAGCCUUGGAGCCUCUGCCUCUCCCUUUCCACCAGUGGUUCCUAAAGAAUUAUCCAGGAAGCUGUGGCCUCUCCAGGAAGAGGGAUUGGACAGGCUCCUAUCAGAUUGGCAGAGGACGCUGUAAGGCCUUGAAGGGUUAUGAGCCAGGAGAAAAGGAUGAACUGAAUUUCUACCAGGGAGAAAGCAUUGAGAUCAUCGGCUUUGUCAUACCUGGGCUUCAGUGGUUCAUUGGAAAGUCGACGAGUUCAGGACAAGUGGGCUUUGUCCCCACCAGGAACAUAGAUCCUGAUUCUUAUUCCCCAAUGAGCAGGAACUCUGCCUUUCUCAGUGAUGAGGAGAGAUGCUCCCUGUUGGCCCUGGGAAGUGAUAAGCAGACUGAGUGUUCCAGCUUCCUCCACACUCUUGCUCGCACUGACAUCACAUCUGUCUACCGGCUCAGUGGGUUUGAAUCCAUCCAGAAUCCUCCAAAUGAUCUGAGUGCAUCCCAGCCUGAAGGCUUCAAGGAGGUCAGGCCUGGCAGAGCCUGGGAGGAGCAUCAGGCCGUGGGGUCCAGACAGUCCAGCAGCUCUGAGGACUCCAGCCUGGAGGAGGAGCUCCUCUCGGCCACCUCAGACAGCUAUCGCCUGCCGGAGCCUGAUGACCUUGAUGACCCGGAACUGCUCAUGGACCUAAGCACUGGUCAGGAGGAGGAGGCUGAGAACUUCGCCCCCAUAUUGGCUUUUCUGGAUCAUGAGGGUUAUGCUGACCACUUUAAGAGUCUCUAUGACUUCUCCUUCUCUUUCCUCACUUCUUCCUUUUAUAGCUUCUCUGAGGAGGAUGAGUUUGUGGCCUACCUGGAGGCAUCAAGAAAGUGGGCCAAGAAGAGCCACAUGACCUGGGCCCAUGCCCGGCUCUGCUUCCUCCUGGGCCGGCUGAGCAUCAGGAAGGUCAAACUCUCUCAGGCCAGGGUGUACUUCGAGGAGGCCAUCCACAUUCUCAAUGGAGCAUUUGAGGACCUAUCCUUGGUGGCCACUCUGUACAUCAAUUUGGCUGCCAUCUACCUGAAACAGAGGCUGAGACAUAAAGGCUCCGCCCUGUUGGAAAAGGCAGGUGCCCUGCUGGCCUGCCUGCCUGACCAUGAGUCUAGUGCCAAGCAUGAACUCGACGUGGUGGCCUACGUCCUGCGCCAGGGGAUUGUGGUGGGCAGCAGCCCGCUGGAGGCCAGGGCCUGCUUUCUGGCCAUCCGCUUGCUCCUGAGCCUAGGCCGGCAUGAGGAGGUCCUGCCCUUUGCCGAGCGCCUGCAGCUCCUCUCUGGACACCCUCCUGCCUCUGAGGCUGUGGCCAGUGUUUUGAGUUUUCUGUAUGACAAGAAAUAUCUUCCACACCUUGCAGUGGCCUCUGUCCAGCAACAUGGUAUCCAGAGUGCCCAAGGGAUGUCUCUUCCUAUUUGGCAGGUCCACCUUGUCCUCCAGAACACAACCAAGCUCCUUGGCUUUCCUUCCCCAGGCUGGGGUGAAGUUUCUGCCUUGGCCUGCCCAAUGCUCAGACAGGCCCUGGCUGCCUGUGAGGAACUAGCAGACCGGAGCACCCAGAGGGCCCUGUGUCUCAUCCUUUCCAAAGUAUACCUCGAGCACAGGUCUCCUGACGGUGCCAUCCACUACCUGAGCCAGGCCUUGGUGCUAGGGCAGCUGCUGGGUGAGCAGGAAUCCUUUGAGUCUUCUCUCUGCCUGGCAUGGGCCUAUCUCUUAGCCAGCCAGGCCAAGAAGGCUUUGGAUGUGCUUGAGCCACUGCUAUGCUCCCUGAAGGAGACAGAGAGUCUCACUCAAAGGGGAGUUGUCUAUAACCUCCUGGGACUUGCACUCCAAGGUGAAGGCCGGGUGAACAGGGCAGCCAAGAGCUAUCUUCGGGCCUUGAACAGAGCCCAGGAGGUGGGAGAUGUGCAUAACCAGGCAGUGGCUAUGGCCAAUCUUGGCCACCUGAGCCUUAAGUCCUGGGCUCAGCAUCCAGCCAGAAACUAUCUCCUGCAGGCUGUACGACUCUAUUGUGAACUUCAGGCCAGUAAGGAGACAGACAUGGAAUUAGUACAGGUGUUUCUCUGGUUGGCCCAAGUUCUGGUGUCUGGACACCAGCUGACCCAUGGCCUUCUUUGUUAUGAAAUGGCAUUGCUGUUUGGCUUAAGGCAUCGACAUCUAAAGAGUCAGCUUCAGGCCACCAAAUCCCUCUGCCAUUUCUACAGCUCUGUGUCCCCAAACCCUGAGGCAUGCAUCACCUACCAUGAGCACUGGCUGGCCCUGGCUCAGCAACUCAGGGACCGGGAGAUGGAAGGGAGGCUGCUGGAGUCCCUGGGGCAGCUUUAUCGGAACCUAAAUACCGCCAGGUCCCUCAGGAGGUCACUCACAUGCAUCAAGGAGAGCCUGCGUAUCUUCAUUGACCUGGGGGAGACAGACAAGGCUGCUGAGGCCUGGCUUGGGGCGGGGCGACUCCACUACCUCAUGCAGGAAGACGAGCUGGUGGAGCUGUGCCUGCAGGCAGCCAUCCAGACAGCCCUGAAGUCAGAGGAGCCUUUGCUGGCUCUCAAACUUUAUGAAGAAGCAGGUGAUGUGUUCUUCAAUGGGACCCGCCACAGGCAUCAUGCAGUGGAGUACUACCGAGCUGGAGCUGUUCCUUUAGCAAGGAGGUUGAAGGUGGUGAGAACUGAGCUCCGGAUUUUCAACAAGCUGACAGAGCUGCAGAUUAGCCUCGAAGGCUAUGAGAAGGCUUUGGAAUUUGCCACCCUGGCCGCCAGGCUCAGCACAGUCACAGGAGAUCGGAGGCAGGAGCUGGUGGCCUUUCACCGCCUGGCUACAGUGUACUACUCCCUGCACAUGUAUGAGAUGGCUGAGGACUGCUACCUGAAGACCCUGUCCCUCUGUCCACCCUGGCUGCAGAGUCCCAAGGAGGCCCUGUACUAUGCCAAGGUGUAUUAUCGCCUGGGCAGACUCACCUUCUGCCAGCUGAAGGAUGCCCAUGAUGCCACUGAGUACUUCCUUCUGGCCCUGGCAGCAGCGGUCCUGCUGGGUGAUGAGGAGCUUCAGGACACCAUUAGGAGCAGGCUGGACAACAUCUGCCAGAGCCCCCUGUGGCACAGCAGGCCCUCCGGGUGCUCCUCAGAGAGGGCGCGGUGGCUGAGUGGUGGUGGCCUGGCCCUCUGAGGAAAGCUGUCCUGUCUCUGGACAUUUGGCAUGGCCAGACUCUGACCCCACUGCCCUAGGCUCUUAAAUACUCAUUGGGAGGGUCCGAGUCAUUACCUGGCCUAGCCCCCUCAUUUCACAAGAAGAAGAAUGAAGUCCAGGAGGAGAAGGGCUCAUUGCAGGCCACAGAAAGAUUUGAUGGUGCAGCGAUGAGAAUUCCUGGUUCCAGGCUUUGCAUCUGGAGCCUUUACCGGUUGACUGUUGCCUUCCACACAAACAGCCUCUGAAAAGCACUUUCUCCAUACAUAGUUCUGGAGAAGAUGAGGAAUCUUGCCCUCCAGGAGCCUUCCUUCCUCCCCCAGUGAGGAAAUCAGUCACUGCACUGGUGCAAAGGCAAGCAGAUUGGAAUUUGUGCUCUUCACCGAUUUUCUCAGGGAAAGACCCCUUCCCCUUGCCAGCAGAGGAACCUGUAGUUUUUUCCAUUUCUUUCUUCAGAACCAAAGUAUGUAUCACUCCUCAUGCUCACAGGGAUUGACAGGAGAGAAUUCACCAGGAUCUUAGCUCAAAAGACACAGCCUCAGAAUGGCCAGAUGGAUUGCACGAAACCUGACUUGGAUUCACCAUCUUCCUCCUGCCAUAAGGCUAUGCUCCCACAUAACCUCCCAGAAGCUCCAGGGAAGCUUUCCAAGAGCGAAGGCUUGGAAAUUGAAUGUUAAGAAAAUUAUGACAUAAAUUACAUAUAAAUAGUGUAUAUGAUUAAAUAUUGUCCAGUUACAUUUACACACACAUUUUGUCUCAUCCACAAUGGGGGCAGAUGAGAUGGAGGACUUGAAGGAUGGGAGAGAAUACCAAUACAUGUCUUUUUUUUUUUUUUUUUGAGACAGUUUCUCCUCUGUUGCCCAGGCUGAAGUUCAGUGGUACAGUCAGGGCUUCCUGCAACCUCAGACUCUGGGGCUCAAGUGAUCCUCCAGUGUCAACCUCCUGAGUAGCUGGAACUACAGGCAUGUGCCAUACCCAACUACAAGGCAUCUUAUUGAUUUCAGGGCAGCUGCUUUACAAAGCAUCUCUAUUAAUAACAUCACUGCAUAGCACACUGAGUGGCCUAAAACACUUAUAAUCUCAUGGUUUCUGAAGGGCAGGAAUCCAAGCAUGACUUAGCUGAGCCCACUGGCUUAGGGUGGUUCACAGGCUGCAGUCAGCUGGGGCUGCAGUUAUCUCAACUUCAACUAGAGAAGGAUGGGCUUCCAAGCUCACCCACACAGUUGUUGUUAGGAGUCAGUUUUUUGCUAGCUGUUGGCCAGAGGCUUCCUGCAGCCACUUGCCACGUGGGCCUCUCCACAGGGCAGUCACAACAUGGCACCAUGCUUCACUAGAGGGAGCAAACAAGAGGAGCAAGAACCAGAGUGAGCAGGAGAAAAGGGAGUGACUCUUUCUAUAACCUGAUCACAGAAGUGACAUCUCCUUAGUCUUGCCUAUUCAAUUCAUAAUAAAUGAGUCACUAGGUCUAGCUCCCACAAGAGGGGAGUGUUUACCAACAGCUUGAAUACCAGAUGGUGAGGAAUCAUUGGGGAUCAUUUCAGAAGUGACCUACCACAGUAUCUGAGUUCUUUGAUAAUGAAAUUGGGAAUUCUCUAAUUUCAGCAAACUGAAAAUAUGGUCCACUAACCAGCAGCAUCAGCAUCACCUGUGAGAUUGUUUGAAAUGAAAAUCUGAGGCCCCACCUAUGAUCUCUGAAUCAGAAUCUCUGGAUCCCAGAACGCUGACUCGUCCAAGCUUUCCUGGUGAUUUUAAUGCACCCUAAAGUAUGGGAAGCACCACUGCAGGGCAAGAGCCCUCAGAUAGUGUGCAAAACUAUUACCUGGUGAGGUUGUGGAACAUGAACUUCUUGGUUUCUAUCUCUAAUAAUUCUGAUUCAGUAGAUCUGGGAUGUAUCCCAGGAACAUGCAUUUUUAGAAAGCAACUCAAGCAAGUCUGAUGCAGGUGGUUCACCCUUGCUCCUUCUGUGAACCACAAGGAUACUAGCCAUAAUUCCCUGCAUCUGAUGCCCAUCAGCUUAGCUUUUAUUAUCAGACCAUCUGCCCUUAAUUUCUAGCUUCUUGGGCUGACCAGAUGAUUGGUUGUAUGAAAGGGUGAGAUGGGAGUGGUGAGUUGAGCCGCCAUUGCAUCUUCUAGUCAUCAAGGUUGUCUACUAAUUGGCACAUAUUUUCUCUUAGAGAUGUGGUUGGUUGUCAAAAGGCUGUCUACUCUAGAGAGUAUUCUCCAGGAAGGAGAAGCUUCCAGUUGUCUAAUUAGUAAAGUUAUCUAAUCUACUACCAUGGAGAAUAGAUGUGGUUUUGCCCCCACCACAAGCUGUAAAAGCCCCAAGCUGGGAGGGACGUUGCGGUUGAGGCUAUUCAGUCUAAUCUCCCGUGCAUAGUCCUUUCAACAACAUUCCUGGGAGACAGUCAGGGGCACACACAUUCCAGAACAGUUACAUAUCGUGUAUUUGAAGAAGGCUCACACAGCCCUGGAAACCAUGCCACUGGCCAUUCCCCAUCUGACUCAGGUUACAGAUCCCCUCCCUUUUCCCACUGACCACUCACUCUCCUCUGGCCAGAUUUGUUUCUGCUUCUCUGAAAGAGCAGUUCCCAUAACUGCAUGAGGCUUUUGAUAUUGGCCGGUGGGUGAAGAGUACAGAGGGAUGUUACUAUACUUAAUUUGAUUCUUCCUCUCCCCAGCAGCCACAUCUGUCCUUGGCUUCCAUUGAGCUUUAUAAUCAAUUGAAACUUCUGUGUCUUCUGACUUGAACUUCUGUUUGGACAGAUCUUUCUCAAUUGCUGCAAAUAUGCAUAUGCAUUUGCAUAUGCAUACACAUACACACACAUACGUGAAGAGCGUUGUUUCUAUCCAUGUUACAUCUCAUUGGAAAUUUUAGCUAAAAUUUCCCAAUUCUGUGCUCUUUGAUUUACCUCUAAAUCUGAUGAAUUUACCCAUAACCAGGUCAGUUAUAAAAAUGUUUAGCAUGUUUCCAAAGACAAGGGUAAGACUAUUUUUUUAAAAUAAGAAAAACAUUGUGCUAUAUAAUUGCAAUUACUACAUUCUAUAUGUAAAUCACUUGCUAAAACUCUUUUAAAAAGUGUUUAAAAUUUUCAUUUUUGAAAUGUGGGCAAACUAUUCCCUUUGGAAACAUGUUGAUGCUGUCUUUUUUUCAUGAUCCACAGAGAGUAAAGUGGUGAUUGGAUCUGGUCUCUACUUAAACAUUUAAAAAAAUAAGUGUAUCAUAGCCAAACAUGAUGUAGUUACCCUCUUUAUUCUAAUUGUUCCCUCAAAUCUUAUAUGGGCUGUGUGACUGCUGGCUCCUUACAUCUAAUCUAAAUAAAGAACAAGGAGGGCAUUGCAACAUUGUGGAAAACCCUGUAACAUGUUUUCUCAGCUUUCAGGUAUACUAGUUCCCUGUCCAACAGUAUUAACAUUCUGAAAUCCAAUAUUGCUUUUGUCCUUUUCUUAUUUGCUUUUCCAUUAUUUUAAGAUGCCUUUAUAUUGUGCAUGUGUAUAUAUAUGUAUGUGUGUGUGUGUGUUCAUUUUCUUCCUCUUUGUAAAUAUAAUGCACCUCAUUUGGCAGAAGUUUAUUUGGGGAAGGGAAUAUGCAGGAAUGGAGGGUGUUAGGAUGGGGGAUCAGGAAGCCUAUCACUAAAGGGAACCUGUAUUUUGGUCUUGAUUUUGAUAUUAAAUUGCAGUGUGACCUUGGGCAAGUCACUUAACCUCUACACAUCUCAGAUAUUUGUCCUCUGAUAAAAGAACCUCACCUCUGGGUUUUUCAGCAGUGCUAUUUUUAUACUGUAUGAAUAGGAUGAGAAAUAGUAUUGGAGAGAUGAAAUAAUAUAUUUUUAUAGCCCAAUUAUAUUAUCUUCUUUUUACAGGUGAGUAAACUGAGGAACAGAAGGGUAACUUUCUCCCAGACACAUUGGUAGUUAGUGGCAAAGACAGUGGUACUUGAGGCGGGGGUCUCAUGACUCAAGGACUUAGUUGCACAAAUGACAGGAUUUCUGCUGUUCAGGGCUUCCUUCACAGUUGUGUGUGUAUAUGUACACGUGUGUGUAUGUAUGCAUGCAUUUAUCACGAUAUGCACCAAAGAGCCUUUACAAAACAUUUUCUAAAUUGAUUUACUUCUUUUACUCAUAUUAACUUAUUUUUAUAAGGGAUGACUAGUCUAUAUAGAAGAAAAACUUGUAUUGUUUUCCAUAAACAGAAUUAUGUAAAUAAUGGCAAAUACAAUGAAAAUAAAAUAAUGCAUUAACUUCAAGCUAGGUCCUGUUGCUCAUUGCAAGCACCCAGCCUAGGCCUUAUCUGGCAUUGUUUGAAAACAGAGAGAUUAAUAAGUGGCAGAGAGUGUAGAUGACAGACUAGCAACAACCACUUUUUCCUUGCACACUCAGAGAAAUGGAGUAAGCAGGGAAGAGGACUGAGCUCCUUCUGAGGAGGGUCAGUGUCAUUCAAUGCCAGGUUUGGGCACACAUUUUGGGGAAGUGGGGAUUCAGCUGGGUGACAGGAAAGGGGCAAAUGAUAUAUUAUGUAAUAUGAUUCAGUAUCAGAAGCAUUGUGAUUGGUGUUAGUUACAGGAUGUUACAGGCACUGAGGGGAAGGGAUUUUACCCAGACAGGGUUACGGGCAUCAGGAAGGGCUUUCUGGAGGACGUGAUAUCCAAACUGAGUUCUGAAAGGGACACUUACUUAAUUCUAACUGCAGACCAGCAGGUUGGUAUUGACAGACAGUGCAUGUGUCAAGCAAAGGUCCAGAGGGUGGACAGGGGGUGAUGUUUUCUGAGAACAGGUCACUCUGAGUGCAGUGAGGCUGGAGCAGAUUCAGGGAAGCAAAGAGGGUUUGGAUUCUACCUGGAGGUUGAGGGGAAGGUAUAGAAGGAUUAUAAGCAGUUGAAAAAAACAUGGUCAGAUUUGUGCUUUGGAAAGAUGAUUCUAGAAGCAGCAUGAGACUAGAUUAGGGCAGCAGUGGAGAAGGUAGAAAACACAUUAGGACUUGGCUAUUGCAACACAACACUCCAGCCUUGAUUCAGAUAUCAACAGUUUUCCCCACUAAUGUUCUUCUGAUCCCACAUUGGAUUUAGUUGCCAUAUUUCCCUAUGCAUCUCUGGUCUAUGACGGUUUCUGCCUUUCCUUGUUUUUCAUGACCUUGUCAGUUUUGGUCUCUUUUCCUCUUUUAAUUGCUCCCAUUGAGAUGUGUGGACAAGCGGCAAAGAAGGAAGAAAUUCAAGGGAAUGGGCUCUGCACUCACUCAGGUGGCAGCUCAGGUGGGGGCAAUGUAAUGUGUUUUGGAGUUGGGCAUACUUAGGUUAGAAUCUGUUUCUUACUAGCUGUGUGACCUUCUGCAAAUUAAUUAACUUCCCUGAGCCCAGGGCUGUCAGAAUUAUAUCAGACUUACCUAUGUCAUAGACAAGGAAAUGGCUAAAAAGGAAAUCCAUCUUUGGAGGCAUGUAAGCCUUGACAUUGAGAAGUGCAGCCAAACCUAGAGGUGUGGCCAGGCACCCUGGUCCUGCAUUCAGGGACACUUGGGUCUGAAGCUCUUUCUCCUUUUCAUCACUGAGUGACCUGAGCAACUUACUUUACCUCUUUAAGCUUCAAUUAUUCCUCUGCUCAGACUUUUAAUUGAGACGAGAUGUAUGGAUGGCUUGGUAUGAAUAUCAAUUGGUGGUAGCUGUCACAAUGAAGCAGAACUGAGUAGAUUCUUAAUAAGCACAUCUAUUCCUGGGUCCCACACCGUUAAGUGGGAGGGUGUGUAUGUUAGGGGUGCUCUUUGCUACUGGGCCUCUCACUUGGCGGUCUUCCCUCUUCGGUGGGACAGCAUAUAUUUCCUGAUAUGUACACCCUCACUCUCCCAACUCUGUCUGAUUAUUCCAGAACUCAGGGGACUUGAGGAUGGAGGCUGCUGGAAGUGCUGGCUCUGGGAAUGUGCACUUCGUUCACCCUCCUCUAAGGGGUGUCUUCUCCCCAGAGAAGCAGAGACAAGUGACUGCUUAGGGGGUAGGGAUUCUCCCCAGCUGCCAUGGUGCAGGAUCAAGAAUAACAUGCGUGGCCAGGACUGCACAAUGGGGCUGCUUGGCUUGGCUUCCCAGUACAGACUGCGAGGCAGGUGAGAGGGAAGGAUGCUGUGCUUUCAAAACGAUUUCAAAGGUGAGAACCCAGCUGCCACUUCUAGUGCUGCCUUUGACUCCUUAUCCAGGGCAUCACACUAGCUUGAGGGAUGAGGCUCUUUGAGAUGAACUUCCAGACAGGGUAGGUGAGAGGAUGGUUGAAGUCACAUGGCUAAUGAGAAGACAGGCUAAUCCAUUGCUGUCCUUUUCUGUGAGAAAUCCAAGAGUUCCAGUAGGGGGCAGUGAUGUCUUCCUAAAUAGUGUAUCAUUGGUAAAGAAUGUAUUUAAUAUUAAUAGUUCUGAAUCAGACUAGGGUAGUGGCUUUCAAAUCCUUUUUUGUUGUUAUGUUGUUGUUGUUGUGGCCCACAGUAAGAAAUGCAUUUUAUAGUGUAUCCUCGUGUGCAUAUGUUUGUGCAUAUGCAACAACAUAGAGAAAUGCACUCAUACAUUCUGUUUUGUUCUAUUCAUUUUUAAAAACAUUCUAUUCUAGUUAAAAAAUAUCAGAUUUAUGACUCACCAAAUGAAUUUCUCACUCAUUAACCUGUAGUUUGAAAAGUGCUGACCUGGAGGGUGGUCUCUAAAAAAGUGCAGGAGGGCUCCAGCCUUUGUUCUUUUCUAUGUAUUAUUUGAUGGAUAUCUUACUUCUUUUUGAGACCAGAGAGUGUGUACAUCUCAAAAUAAAAAUAACAGUUGAGGUUAAUGUGUUUUAUGCAUUAAGUCUCAUGCAAAACCUUUGUGAUGACUCUCAUGUAAUCACACAACAUUUUGGUGUAGUUACUAUUAUUUUUAUCUCCACUGAGGUUUAGAGAAUUGAUGUGGCUUGUCUAAGUCCACAGUUAGUGGUGAUCGAGGUGAAAUUUGAAGUCAUGUCCUCUGAUGCUGGAGCUAGGAAAUGAAACCAUUAUAUUAUAUUGUGUUUCUGUCAGGUGACACAUCUCUGAGAGAAAUGCUAUCACUAAUAUGAUCAUGAAUAGAAGCAUUAGAUUAAAACUUGUUUCAUCAGCCUGAAAUACUGGGCUGAAAUCAACACAAUCAUUCUGGUGUAAUUGAAUCAAUCAAAAUUGGUUACUGUAGAACAGGAUUGGAGAGAACUGACUUUCCAGGAGGUCUUGAAAAAGAAAUACUGGUGUUAUUGUUGACCACAGUCAGGUAACUUAGCCUAGAAAAAAAGAGAGACUGUAUUUCCCAAAUGGAAAAUAGAAGGAGGAACAGAAAGCUUUGACCUAUAGUAGUGAUUGGUCAAAACAAAUUAUAAGAUCAGUAAGUUAUGUUUUGAAGAAGAUUCCAGGUUGGGAGUGAGGUGAAUGAGGGAAACUUGCAAGAGACUCCAGAGCCAAUCAUAGAAGACUAUGGACAUCUGAGGAAGGGAAGCAGCCAGGUGGAGUUUCGUGGGUCUCACCCAUCAUAGUACCCGUAGCUCCAAUGGUGGUAGCAGAAGGAAGAUCAUGAACAUGAGAGAAUAGCCUACUUUUGACAUCAUGGAAAAAGAUAUUAGGAACAUCCUUCUCAUCCAAAUAUGUGUUGCAAAACAAAUAGCCUGGGAAGAGCCCAUGUUCAUGUACAGAUGCUUUGUUUCUUAUGCAUAAAUGUUGGUAGUAGCGCUUUUUUUACUCACUUAGUAUUCAGGAAUGCUUAAUUAUCUACUUCCCUAACCUUCCAUUUUACUGUAUUUUUAUUUAGGGUCACACAUUUUACUGUUAUCUAUGAAAAGGAUUUUGAAAAUAGAUACCUCGCUUCUGUCUUUUAUUUUAACCUUCCAAAUCUAGCGGACCAUAGUUAAACAUGAUCUGUAUGACUCUCAACUACUUGAUCUUCCUUGCACGGGCCAAAUAUGUGUGAAGGUGACUUUUUUUGUUAUUGAACUUUCUUGCACAUAGAGAACUUCUGAUGUUUGUUCAUCUGGGGAUAUAUCUGACAUCUACUUCAUAGAGACAUUCAUAGGAAUGCCCCUGAAUUCUUUGAACAUUGUACCAGACAGCAAGCAGUGACAAUGGCUACAUCUGCUUUCCUCCUCAGGGGAGCUGCCACGGGCUAGGCUGAAAUAACAGCUGCAUGGUAAUCCUGGUGACCAAAAAGCUACUUAUUCAUAAAACAAAACAAAACUAACUUUUGUCUGUUCUAGAACAUGUAGCUUUGGGGCUGUAGUGGGUGGAGGGAAAGGAUAGCAAACAGAAAGAUUACUUGGAGGAUUUUCAUUUCCGGUUGUUUUACAGUCCUAAGAGCUUAUAUAAACUGAUAUUCUGAUCCUCUUCCAAGUCCUGUGGCAUUCUUUUCUUUCUUUCCAAGUUGUAUAAAGUCCAUCUGUCUGUUUCUCUCUCUCUCUCUCUUUCUCUCUUAUUUAGGCAGGGUCUCACUCUGUUGCCCAGGCUGGAGUGCAGUGGGGUGGCCAUGGUUCACUGCUACCUCGACCUUCUAGACUCAGGUGCUUGGGUGAUCCUCCCACUUCAGCCUCCCGAGUAGCUGGGACUACAGGCAUGUACAACCACUCCCAGCUAAUUUUUUUUUUUUGGUAGUUUUUGUAGAGAUGGGUUUCCACCAUGUUGCCCAUGCUAGUCUCAAACUCCUGGGCUCAAAUCAUCCACCCACCUCAGCCUUCCAAAGUGCUGGGGUAACAGGUGUGAGCCAUGGCACCCGGCCAGUUUGUCUCUUUUUUCUUUUUCCUCAUGUCCUAAGCAUCUCCCUUUUGCUUGUGCUCAUUUGUCCCUGUACUUUUCCUUCAAAGCACUUAUCAUAGUUUAAAAGUGUACUUUAUGUGAGUUUUUUUAUUUUAAUAAUCCAUGUGCACCACCUAGAUUAGAAGUUCCAUGAAAACAGGAAUCUUAUUUGGGUCACUCAGCUCUGUAUUUCCGGAGCCCAGCCCAGUGUCUGAUGCAUGGCAGGCUCUCAAUAAAGAUUUGUUGAAUGGGUGAAUAAAAAAAUAAAGGAAUGAAAUGUUGGACUUGGGUUUUGACCUUUAGGGAGAAAGUUUUAAAACUAUAAUAUAACUACUUAUUGCUCAUGAGUGAUUGAGAAAUCAGGUGAUAGGGCUGCUCACAUAUAUAGCAGGUAUUCAGCAAAAGUUUAUUGAGAAUAAUAAGCAUAAUUUUUGUUUGUUUAGAAAAAGUUGCUAUAGAUGUGGUAGGUCUUUUCUUAAUUUUCAAACAGAUAGUAGUUUGACCAGGGAUAAUCAUGGUCUUUUACUGAAGCUGUAAUGAUGGUUGUGCUAAGUAAUUUACCCACAGUAUAGGAUUUGAUCCUCCAAAUGAUCCUCCAAAGAAGGUGACCUUAUCUCCCCUUUUCAGGUGAUAGAAUCAAGGUUUAAAGUAUUUCAGAUGUUUGCAGAGAUUCAAAAUCACUUUUGUCUGACCUGGAAAAUCAGUGCUUUAUAUAAUUAUGUAAUUCUGAUACACGUUUUCUCUUUCAGAACUUAGGAUCUUCAAGAUAAAUAUUUCUCUUUUGAACAUUUGAAUGUUUCCCUUUGUCUUAAGGAAGGAGGGAUGAUAGAAAAUCUAGGGAGCAGGGACCUUGGCUUAUAUAAGCCUUAUUAGACCAAAUACCACAGGAAAUCCCUUCAGUGAUGAAUGUUCUAUGGAAUAAAGAUCCAGGGGAUAGGCAGUACCUUUAAGGUAUUUUGAGGCCUGAGUGGUCCAGAGUAUUGUUUCAUAAUCCCAAGUCUCUUUCCUUGGGAAAUCAUAAGUUCAUGGUAUUGCGGGAUGUGGAUGAAAACCUCAUCCUUGCCCUUGAGUAUCUGUCAGUCUGUUUGGGGGAGAUUGGAUGCAUAUAUGCAAGGCACUAGGAAGAAAAGUCUGAGUUUAGCUCCUUUGGGACAGAGGAGGCAGACGGUUAUCCAUCUAUUCAUCCAUCUAUUCAUCCAUCUAUUCAUCCAUCCAUUCAUCCAUCCAUCCAUCCAUCCAUCCAUCCAUCCAUCCAUUCAUCCAUCCAUCCAUCCAUCCACCCUUCCAUCCAUCCAUUCAUUUAUCCAACCAGCCAAUUAACCAACCAACCAACCAACCAACCAACCAACAAACCAACCAACCAUCUAACCACCCAACCACCCACAUACCCAACCAAUGAAUCAACCAACUAACCAAUAUUCAACACCUCUCAUGUGCUAAACUCACAAUCCAGUGAGCAAGAUAAUGACAGUCCCUGUCUUCAUAAGUCCUAUGGGCUCCAGGGCAAGUCAGAGUCCUCUGAUAAACUUACCUAUUAUUCUUACCAUCACAGCUUAGAUUUGAGCACUUUUACCUCAAACACUGUACUAAAGGUUAUACUCUUAUUAUAUCAUUGACUUCUCUUAAUUUCUCCUACCUGCAAGAAGUAAUUGCAUUGUAUAGUUAUUCACAUAACACAUGUGAAGAAAUGAGUUCAAAGAGGUUAAGAGAUUAAUCUUACCCAAAGUCCUGUAGAUAGAGAGUGGCAGCUUCAGGACACCAGUCCAAGCCUUAUCUAUAUUGCAAGUAUUGCAUAAAACCUCAGCUGAAAUUUUGAUAAAUUUUAUGGAACUUAAGCUAGAUAGAUCUUGUUCACCUGAACAUCCUGUCUGGGAUGCAUGGUAGUAGACUGAACAGCUCCACUGCUUAUGAAAUGUGUGACCUCAGGCAAGUUGUUAAGCUCUUGGUGCUUCAUGUUCAUCAUUGGCAAAUGGAGAUGAUAAUAGUACUUAUCUCAUGGGAUUGUUGUGUGGAUCAAAUGUGUGAAUAUAUGUAAAGUGCCUGGCCCAUGUUAUAUAAGUGUUGGCUAUUAUUGUUAUUGUGUUGACAGACAUUUCAGAAGAGUACUUGUUUGGGCGAAGAAGUUAAUGAACACUUCUUUGUUGAACCUGUGGGGUUAAGGCAUGCUUAGAGGAAUGUAAUCUGGGCUAGAUGCUUGGCUAUUCAAGUGAGCAUGUGACAGUGAUGGUCUCAGUCUGCCUCCCUUGUCAGAGCAUCAUCUGUAAAUGAUUGCCUCCAUCACUUACCAAGCACAGUCACAGGAAGUUGUGACCUCCCUUUAUUGGAACUGUCAUUUUGAACCUAUGUUUAGUCUGGCAGACAUUUUGACCUCCGUGAUAUAUUGCUGAGGGUGUUUUGACUCCAUGCUUAUAACUACAACAUUAAAAACACCAAUAAUGGCUGAAUUUUUAUCAAGAAAGUAUUUUCUUAAUUAAUGCUUACUCAAUCAUUUUUACUCCAAGAUAAAUGUUCAAUACAGAGCAGUUAAACCAUUUCUACCUUUUUCCAUCUUCUAUUUUAUCAAAAUCAUUUUAUGGAGAUGAAUUCUUUUGCAUUUGGAAUUUUACAAUGAUGGCUUAUAAUUUAUUGACAAUAAUUUAUUUGGGUCAAAUUUUAGCUUCUGCCACUGUAUUUUCCAUCGUAGUUUUAUUUCUACUAAGUCAAAUUUUCCUGGUUUAAAUUUGAUUGAUUUGAAUUUUAUUGGGAUAAUUUGAUUCCCCUGUGAAUGUUUGCUCAUUAACACAUUCUUUGUGUAGGUUAGCUGUUGUCAGUUUUAUUUUGAACUGAUUAUUUCAAUCAAAACGGUGAGGGACAAAUGCCUAAUCACCUUAAGCGUCUGUGGAAGCCAGGAGUGAGGCCAGGUAAAGGCAGCCCAGACCAGAUCUAAAUGAAACGCUGUGGGCUAAGUUUUCAUUCACAGAAGAUGGGCAGAGUGGCAGAUCAGGGGUAACUAUCAAUGAUACAAACUUCAAGGAAAUGAUGAGAUACAGAGGACCAAAGUUAAAGUCAAUGAUAUAUGUGAAGCAUGAUGAUUUUCCAAGCCAUACCCAAACCCUAUGAGCUGUGCAUGUUAUACCCAGCAGUUUAAUCCUGGAAGACUCUUGGUGCAUGUUGCAGGGAUGAGUUAGCUCAGUGUGAUGUAGUUAAAGAGCAGUGGGAUUGGGGUCAGGUGAUCUGGGGUCUGAACCUAGUUCUGUCACUCCUUGUGUAUACUGGGACAAGUCCAUCUCCCACCUGAGGUCUCAGUUUUACCAACUGUCAAAAGAUUGCUCUAAAAGUUCAUAGACCCCUUCGAAAAUCUGAAAAAAAAAACCAAUGAAAUCUCUUCUUGGAAUUAUGUAUACACACCCAUACACAUACUUUUAAAGGCCUCAUGGACCCUUUAAUGCACGCCCAAGGAUGAUGAGUUAAAAACCUCAGUCUCUGUAAUCUGUCAGGACCUGUCCAGGGUUGACAUGCUAGGGCUUAGGUAGGUGUUAUAUAUGUAUCCUCCAGGUGAUGCCUGAGAACUGACAUACAUACUGCUUAUGGAUAAAAAUGGAGACAUCCAGAAAAGCAGGAUCUGGAACCCUUUGUAUGCAUUGUUGGUUUCUUAGUGUUUUCAUUAAUAUUAUGAAUGGUUAAGAGCAUAAACCUUGGGAUUAUGCUACCUGGGUAAAAAUCCCCACUGUGUGCAUGACCUUGGGCAAGGCACUUAACCAUUCUGGGCCUCCAUUUCUGCAUCUGUAAUAUGGAAGUAUUAAUGAUAACAACUUCAUAGGGCUGUUGGAUGAAACAGCUAAAUGUUCAAUUGUUACCUCUUAUUACCUAGUGAUUGAAUUCAUGUUCUGAUAAUUUUAUGUCAUACAAAGUGGCAGCUGGUGGGCUUUGGAGACCCUCUAGCUCAGCUCUGUUGUUAUUAUAUGAAAAGUGAACCAGAAAAGGGAAAGCCUUACCCAUGGUCACCCAACACAUGUUAGGGUUGCUCUCUGACACUCCCCUUAGACACCAGGAAAGUUGAGCCACCAUGACAUCAUCAGCAUACCAGCUUCCAGUGCAAGAGGAGGCUCACCUCCAUGGAUAAAGUCCCAUGUGAUGAUCUGCCAUAUUUGUAGAGUUCUCUGACACCAGCUGUUUCUGUUGUGAGUAUAGAGUGAUUCAGGGCAGGUUGGACACCAGUGAGUAUAAUUUCUACAAAAUCAGUUUGCAAGAGCCUCUCAUUCUACCUGGAAAUUAGUCACACUGAUUCUAAUUACAAGGCUUUUGUGACCCCAGCUGACUGGCCACCCCUCCCAGAGCAAGCAUUUCAACCACCCAGCUGCAAUGUCUGGAGACUACUUGAUGUUACUACCACUAAAAGAACUGGAGCUCCUGGGGGAAACCCUUCAGAUAUAACCACUGUAUUAUCUGACAGAAAGCAAAAGCUAAGGUGGAAGCCCACUCAAGAAACUUCCAAAGACUCCUGGGUCCUGGGAAAUACAGGAUGAGCCCAUAUGGCUAAAGUUAGCUUUGUUGUUGAGGGAACUGUAGAUUUAAUUGCUGGCUGGAUGGUUUGUGUUGCUACUCCCCACAAAGAAAUUGACCCUCUUCUUCAGAGCACAGCAAGGGGUACACAUUACCCUACUGAAAGCACCUUCUUUGCCCUGCUGGUUUCAGCUGCAGGAAGUACAUUCUUGCAGUAUAUUCACUCUCACAUCCAAUGUGGUAUAUGGGUAAAAGCUUUUGUAUAGAGAAGAAAAAGUCCUCUACAUAUGUUAAUUUCUACCCCAUGUGUAGUUAUUGGUCUUUUGCUGUGAAUGUUCCUGGUGUUUUAAAGGGUCAUAUUAAAUGUUUUGGGGCUUCUGAGGGAUUGGGGUUUUGAAAGUCCCCUGGAAAAUGUCAACAGAUGUUCAACAAGUGAUCUAAUUCUGGGUUUUGGGAAAUGAAGUUUGUGAACUUGGCUGGGACCUCAGGGCUUGGAGUCAGAUAGCUUUGGGACCUUGGAGACAUGACUUAACCUCUCUGGGUCUCAGUUUUCUCACCUGUCAAAUGGGUUAUCCCAGAACUUGCCUUAUAGAAUUGCUGUGAAAAUUAAAAGAGAUAAUGUACUUAGAAUACUUAACUCAGGGCCUUGCUUAUUGCAAAUAUUUAAUAUAUAAUUGCUAUUAUAUUUUGUAUCCUGUAUACUCUAUAAUAAAUAACACAGCUAAUGUUUACUGAGCAUUUAUGGUGUAUAAAGCAUUGGAUUAAAUUCUUUGAA